CUAAACAACAACACGACAUUUGAGAUCGCCAACCCCGUUUGAAUGAAUGUUGUUCAGACGCAGACGUUAGCAUGUCACGCUUUGCCAUGAAUAACAUGUGCCGUAUUUUGACGAGAGGACUGUUUGGCGGCCCGUCAUCAUGUUUAUCUGUUAUCGGAGUUCGGGAUUUUUGCAGCGGAGCAUCGCGACUGGACCGCACUGUCAGCCCUGUAAACCUGACAUAUGAUGUGUUUGAUGGGAAGGGAGACAGCACACCAUUGGUCUUUCUACAUGGUUUAUUUGGGAGCAAGUCCAACUUUCACUCCAUAGCCAAGUCCUUGGUACAGCGGACUGGCAGGAAGGUGCUGACAGUAGAUGCUCGUAACCACGGUAAAAGCCCACACAGUCCUGUUUUGACUUACGAAGCAAUGACCUGUGAUCUGACACAUCUGCUCGGCCAGCUGCACAUUGGGAAGUGUGUCCUGAUUGGACACAGCAUGGGGGGCAAAGUUGCAAUGACGACAGCUCUGUCACAGCCUAAUUUAGUGGAACGUCUGGUUGUUGUAGACAUAAGCCCCUCUCCGACUUCAGUCCACACCACUUUCCAUGCCUACAUUCAGGCAAUGAAAGAAGUGAAGAUAGCCAGCAAUAUCCCACGUUCCACAGCACAUAGACUGGCCGAAGACCAGCUGAGAAAGCUAGUUAAGGAGCGUUCUGUGCGUCAGUUCCUCCUCACAAACCUGGAGGAGCAAAAUGGCGAGUAUGGCUGGAGGAUAAACCUGGAUGCCAUUGCAAAUCAAAUGGAGGACAUCAUAGGUUUUCCUAAAUUUAACACCACUUAUAAGGGCCCUUCCCUUUUCUUGGGUGGCAGUAGUUCUGCCUACAUAAGCUCAGAGGAUUACCCUGAAAUCCAGCGGCUUUUUCCAAGUGCAGAUAUCCAGUACAUCCCAGAUGCCAGUCACUGGAUUCAUGCUGAUAAGCCUUUGGAUUUCAUCAGCUCCAUAAUAACUUUCUUACAGUCAUAGUCCAUGUCUCAGGAGGAGGACACAUGCUGUACUGGUGAGCCCAAUGAAAAACAGGCACUGAAUUAAGGGUAUGGAUGUGGACCAUGCUGAUUUGCAUAUAGUCCCUUAACUUACAAUGCACAAUUGGACAGUUACAUUGUUUGGUGUAUUUGUAUUUCAAUGUUGUAUGUGCACUGUGGCUUAGCAUAGGACACAUUAAGAGGAUAUAUAUAAAUAUAUAGCAGAUACAGUUGAAGUCAGAAGCCUUACAUACACUUAGGUUGAAGUCAUUGAAACUAAUGUUUUAACCACUCCACAGAUUACAUAUUAUCAAACGGCAAGUCGUUUAAGUAAAGCUACUUUAUGCAUGACACAAGGAAUUUUUCAAACAAUUGUUUACAGACAUAUUGUUUCACUUUUAAUUGACUAUAUCACAAUUCCAGUGGGUCAGAAGUUUACAUACACUGUAACAGAGAUUGGUGUAAUAUUUCAUGGCACCUGUUUCAGUGAAUCUGGCGUUUUCUGCACAGAAUUUAAUUGAAAAAAAAAAAUAGUCUCAUGAACAUUACGUGACUGUGGCAACAUUUUGGCAAAAACAAUAUAACAUGCCUUAUUACAAGUUUUGCUGCAGUUUCCCAGUGAGAUGUCCAGCAGGGGGCAACAAAAGCGAGUGAAAUGAUGUCGUAAUCAGACAAUAUUUUAAGGUGACUAUUAGGGCCUAUUUACACUUGGCCACUUCAUGUGUUUUCACUGAUCGGAUAGCUAUAUAUCCGGAUAAAACUAGGUGUAAAUACCCUCCGAAAGGCAUUCGAGACGGUUUGCAAUCCGAUUGUUCAAAACACUUCAUGAGGUGGUUUGAGACACAUUACAUUCAUAACUCGGUCAAGUGUAAAUGCAUCUGUUGAAGGCUGUUCAAGAUGCAUAUGUAAACUUUACUCUGCCCAAACAGUGCUAUGUCAGCAUAGGGAAAGCAUAAAAUAUAACAACUGCUACCAAGUUUUUACAUAGGGCUCGCAUCGUGCAAUAAAUAACAACAAAUUAAUACAUGGAUGCACGUUGUAGGAAAGAUAGGACUUUCUUCAUUUAUUCAAUGCGGAUCACUGAAGAAACUGCAGGGCUUGACAUUAACUUUUUGAGGCACUUGUCCUUCGGACAAGUAAAUUUAUGUUUCACUUGUCCUUGCACAAAAGUCACUUGCCUGGGUAAAGAUUUAUAAUUUCAUUUAUUUUUUUGUGUUUUGCUAAUGCAGAAUUCGAACAAACCAUUGAAAGCACCCAAACACUAUCAAUAUUAAUACAAUUCAGUUGAAACAGUAGAAAGGAACGUGUCCCAAGAAUAGAGUUCCCCUUCAACAAGAAAUAAGGAUCUCCAGACUCCAUAAUACAAAGUAAUACUUUGCACGCUGGUGUGCAGUGUAUCACCAGAGGUAGUGGUGACUCUUGGUGUAAAAAACACUAUUACUCCACAACACUAUUCAUCCUCUGUAUCUUCGGACCGAUGCCUUGAUUCCCAGGGGUUAAAUCCUGAGGCCGCUGCCUUUGGCUGCAGGUCCACCACCAAUCCAGCAUCAAAGUCUUGCAACUUUGGGCCCUCUACUGACAGAAAUAGCAGCCUAUGAAGCUGGACUGAGCUGAGGCUGGUCCUCCAGUCGGACUUGAUCCGUUUCAUGGUUGAGAACCCUCUCUCACACACAGCUGUGCUGACUGGCAGGACCAAGUAAAUUUUCAGGAGUGUCAAAAAAUAUUUAUACUUUUUAUAACCACAAUUGUUGGUCUUGUGCUGUCUGCGACGUUGGAAACGUCACAAAAUAUUAUUUUUUUUAUUAAUAAUAAUUAUAAAAUAAAACAAAGAUGUCGGACGAUUUUGAAGUUGGAGGAGAAAAUUAGAUGGAAUUUUCAUUUUGAGGUGAACUAAUGCUUUAAUGCUUGCUUACAGUAGCUACACAGCUGCCGACGCUAAGUUAGCUAGCUAACGUCACUUACUUGUCAGCCAGGUUGGGUUGCGCCCGACAGACGCCACAGAACAUUACUCCGUCUUCAUAAAUAACCCAGUCGAAUUCAUCUUUCCAUUUGGUUAAAUUUCGUUCCCGUUUUAAUGCGUAUGUUGUUGGUUUAAGGUGACUUCUUGUUUUUGGAGCUUUUCCUGGCGCUUGGCCGGGCUGCGGAGCCUGAAGAAACAUAACUCUCCACCACUGCUGCCAGCAAGGUUUUCCAGCCCAAAACCUCGUCAAAAACCGCUAGAAUUGGCCAAACCCGGUAAUGAUAUUUUUCCCGCAGUGCUGAAUGAGAAGAGCCAUACUCUCGAACCAUAUACAGAGAGGUAAUUUAGGCUAUAGGUGAUUUAUAAACAGUCUGUUUAUAACCUGAAAAAAUAACGAGGCAUUUUAAUGUUUUCUAAAUCAGUGUUUGCUGGAAAUAUACCUCCAUUUCCGAUGUAAAGCGGAUGCGCCUUUAGAGAGAAAUUCAUAUGGAUUGCAUAAUCAGAUGGUAACGUUAGGCUAUUUUCUUUCGAUUCAAAUUGGUUCUUUAAAAGUGGACAUUUCAAGCUUUAGCCUAACGUUACAUAGACUAUAUUUUGUUUCAGUUCAGUUUCAGUUCACGGAGACCAUGAAAGCGCGCCUGAUUGUUUUAUUUUAUUUUGCAAAAGCACGUUUUCUUGUUAUUGUGAGUUUACACAAAUAAAAGUAGUUGCAAAUUAUGUAUUAUUAUUUUCAGUAUGACCAGAAAUGAUAGAGUAUUUAAGUUGUUUCCACUGUUGAUAGGAAAACGCAAGUGUUCGCGCCCGCGUCUCUGUUCCAUGCAGUGCGCGCUCCACACUCCGCACAAACCCUUGGAUAUGCGUCAAAAUCUUGUUUAUUAAAAAAUGUGUUAGUUUCAAAUCGAUUAAAUUAAAUCUGUAAAAUAGACGUAAUGAGUGGCACAUAACGUGAAGUAACAUGGCAUUUUAUUUUGUUUGAAAUUUAACUUGUCCGGUCGGACAACUGAUUUUCUCUUCUACUUGUCCUACAAAAAAUCCACUUGUCCCGGACAAGCGGACAGGCCUUAAUGUCGAGCCCUGAACUGAACACUGAUGCAUCGUGCCAAUGAGAAGCCCAGAGGAUGGGAAAUACACAGGGCACACACAGACACACGUGUACUGUCAAAGUCAGUUCGAAUCAAAUAAUGAAUCACAUAUUUUACAUUUUCUAACUGGCAUUAGCAUAAUCACGAACGUGAACUCUGUGCUAUUUGCAUAUAGCGUGGGAAUUGAAGAUCGGAUUUAUAUCUGUUUGGCGGAGACACAUUGAUGUGAUCAAGUGUAAAUGGAAUGUGCUUAUUCAGUUGGAUAGCAAUCCGAUCAGUAAAAAUGCAUGUGUUGAAGUGACCAAGUGUAAAUAGGCCCUUAGAUGGAGGUUUUAAUGAGUAAAACAUACCUCCCUAAAACUUUACCUAAACCUAAUCAAUAGUGAUCUAAAAUAAAAUGAGUUACACAAAACCCUAAACCUACACCUGGUUCUAACCAAUAGCGUCCAAAAACAAAUUGAGAAAUGAACAGCACAUUUUCUGAAGCGUCCACGUGAUUUUGUCUCAUCUCACUUGUCUGCUUGCAUGCUUGGUCUUGAACCGCAGUCUUCUGAAUUCAAAGUCCAAACCUCUUUGAGGUGAGCUACCGCAGAAGCUAAUCACAGUAAAAUAAGUGUGUAAAUGUAGUUGAGUCUGUAAUAUAAGCGUUAAAAUGUAUUGUUUUUCAAAUGAUGCGUUCUAGUAAAAGUGUUUUGAUAUCAUAACAGCAGUGUCUGAGUAAUAGUCUGAAAAGUGUUUAUAAAGUCACAAUCAGUAGUUGUAGUCAUUUGUGUGAAAGUGAAUAAAACGACAGUUGUUGUAGCACCUCUAGUAUUUAUUUCCCCAGGAAACUGCAGCGAAACGUAGAACGCGGCACAUAAAAGUCAGUUUGCAAAAAUGUAGUUAUAAUAACGUUAAAAAAUCAGCUACAGCACCUUUAACAUGGACAUGCUUUUUCUGUGCUCUUAUAAGACAUAUUAAGAUGUCAGUGCAAUUAAUGCUGCAAUGUCUUUAGUGAACACAAUGGGUUUAGUCUUUAAAAUGUGUUAUGAGUUAACCUUCUUCAAUAUUUUUUUUUUUAAAUAGAUGUUGACUAUUCUAAACUUGCAUUAAGCUGCGUAAAGCAGUUUUGUAAUGUUUUACUUAACUGUUUGAAUGAUGCUUAGCUGAGUUGCUGUAAUAUGACUAAAACAUUAUAGUUACUCUGUCAGGUAUUACACUCCCAUUCUGUUACGAGGUUCAACAACAUUGUUUUACUAGAAAACAGUUCUCAAACUUUUAUUUUUGACACUGGUUCACAUUUCUUUAAAUGUAGACUGAACCCUUUGUUUUGUGUGUAUGUGUGUGUAUAAACAGAUAAACUGCAUGCAAUAGCCCACAUGUGAUUAAAAUGUCUGUUUUGUUGCUUUUUCAAACUUUUAGAUACUGCAUAGCUGUGAUGUUUUGUUAGUGUGGUUUAAAGAGAGAACAAUGUGCCUACCACUGCACACUUGUUCAUUUUAGCUUAGAAGGGUUUUCCCUGUUCUGGAUGACAAUUGUUUAAGUACCAAAGCAGGGGUUUAUUGGAAACAUUUCCUUGACCAGUGGUGUGCUAACACUGUGUGUGGCAUAAAUUUGGGAGCAUAAAUAUACA